UUUUAAAUGUCAAAGGAGUGAGUGAUGAGAGGGAUUAUUAUAACAAUUUAAAUACUUUUUCCUUCAUAAAAGAUGUAAAAUUACUAUUUUGAAAAAUAAUUGUACAUAGUUUCUACCUAAAUGGCUUCUAGAGUCCCAAAAUUAUGUUCAAAACAAAAAAAGUUAAAUGGAUUAAUAUAUUUAAAAAAAGCAAAACAGGCUUGCUCGGAAAAUAAUUAUACAGAAGCUUAUGAGUAUUUCGUCAAUUAUUUCGAAAGUCUAAAUGAUCCGACUCUUUCUAGUACUGCUGUUCAAACAGCAUUUACAAAACUCGUAUGCAAAAUUGGUGUUGUUCUUGAGGAAACCGAUAACAUAGAGGAAUUGUUAAAAUGUUACUUGCAAGCGAUAAACUUAUUCCCUAACAACUACAUUAUCUUGAAUAACUUGGGAGCGUACAUGUUCAAGGUGGGUGAGGUAGACAUUGCCCGCAGGUACCUAGAACUGGCUGUAAAAGUAAACAAGAGUUACUUGCCAGCUGAGAAAAAUUUAAUGCAUGUAAAAUGGCAUCAAAUACCUCGUUGGCAUUUUCGAAUGUUGAACGAUAAUAAACGAAAUAUGGCUUAUAAUAAAGCAAUAUCUCAAACUAUCGUUAAAGGAUACAGCGACAUUGUGGAUAUUGGAGCUGGCUGUGGACUCUUAAGUUUAAUGGCUUCUUGCAAUACUAUAAGUAGUAUAACUGCUAUCGAAGAAAAUAAGACACUUUACAAAUUAUGUUUGGAAAUAUUUAAAGAAAACAAUUUCACUAAUAUCAAUGUUUUAAACUGUUUGUCAACUAAUCUUCCAGGCAUCCAAAGGAACAUACAGAGUAAAUGCAACUUAAUAGUCACUGAGAUUUUUGACGUGGCAUUCUUUGGUGAAAGAGCUUUAGAAAGUAUUUUCCAUGCUUUAGCCGUGAUAUGUACCGAGGAAGACUUUAAAAUUAUACCAUGUGGGGCAAAAUUGUAUGUUACAGGAAUUCACUGUGAUGAAUUAGCAAGUAAAUAUUGGUAUAUCCCUUCAGGCAUCUCAAACAUCCUGAACUUACAAAAUAUUUGCAUAAAACAGCGCAAUCCGGAUCCCUAUGAAGCAGAAGAUCUUCUAGAAAAAAAUGUCGACUACAUGACCAACACUGAAGAAAUAUUCAAUAUAAAUUUUUAUAACCUCGAAGAGAUAUGUACCAUGUUAAGGAAUGAGUAUCACCAAAUCGUACAGUUGAAAUGUAAAGCGGGGAUUAUACACGCAUUAGCGGUUUGGUUUGAUUUAAAUCUGACUGAAGAAAUCUCAUUGACUACCAAUCCUUUCAACGAAGAUAAAGUAAAUUGUUGGGAACAAGCUGUGUUUUACUUAGACCACCCUAUUCUAGUAAAUGAAGGUGAGGUACUUACUCUGAAGGCAACAGUUGUGGAUUGCAAAUUAAAUUUUUCUGUCGUCAAUGGAGGCACCAACCAUCCGAAGUGUUUUGAGGUUUCAAAGGAAAUAAUAAGUUUCAUGAAUGACAGCCAUUUGGUGGAUUCUAUAGUCAACAUGACACUAAAAUUUAAUGCUCCAAACUUCGAGGUGGCAGAUUCGAAUAUAUUUCCAUUAUUUGGGUUUCUGAUGGCGAAGAAUGGUUGCAGUGUCUACCAUAUGGUUAAAACCGGUCAAGAUAUCGAAUUCCUAAGACACAUAUUAGAAUUGAACAACAUCCCUUUGGACAAAUUCUCGAUUAGAGAUGAGAAAUUUUCUGUAAUACUGAACCAAAAUAUAUCGAGAAAACAGUGUAUAUAUUUUUUUGACCCGAUCAAUAUUGACGGAUCGUUGGAGAAUAUCUCACCACUGGACAAACAUAAUAAUGAAAUAACUCUCGUACCUAAAAGGAUUGGAAUCAGCGUACAGUUAAUAUAUUCUUCUUAUAUUGAUCAGUGCAAUCUUGUUAAAGACGAAAAUGUACUGAAUUUUCGAAUCGAGAAAUAUAUGAAUCAAUAUUCAGGUAACGAGCAUCCGAAUUUAGAAAACUUGCAGUACACGGAAUAUUCCAAUCCUGUCACUUUCGCCGUAGACAAAGACGGCGAAAGCUCCUGUGAUGUUGUGGUAAAAAGGGACGGACUGAUAAAUGCUUUGUAUUUUUGGUACGAAAUUAACCUUUUCGAGGAGGUCAUGUUUUCAACUCUCAACAGCAGUCACUUUAAAAAAAGUUGUUUUUUUCUUCACCACCCAAAGCAGGUUACGAAGGGUGAUACACUCAAAAUUAUUAUGGUGAUUGAUGGAUCGUAUUUGAAACUUAGUUUACAAUAAUUGUUUUUUUUUUUACUUUAAGGUUUAUCUAAUAAAUCUUUUAAAACUA